GGCUUGGAGACCCGGGUCCGCUGCUGUGCAGGGCGGGGUUCCCGGAGGGGGCGGGGCUCUGGGCGGUGCGGUGCGGGGCGGGGGCGGGCACAGCGCGGGGCGGGGCGCGGGCCCGGAGCGGCAGGCAGGCCGGGCAUGGCGUCCAUGGCGGCGGCGAUCGCGGCCUCGCGCUCGGCGGUCAUGAGCGGGAACCGGCCUCUAGACGACCGGGAGCGAAAGCGCUUCACUUACUUCUCGUCGCUGAGCCCCAUGGCCAGGAAGAUCAUGCAGGACAAGGAGAAGAUCCGCGAGAAGUACGGGCCCGAGUGGGCGCGGCUGCCGCCCGCGCAGCAGGACGAGAUCAUCGACCGGUGCCUGGUGGGGCCGCGCGCUCCGGCGCCCCGAGACCCCGGGGACUCGGAGGAGCUCAUGCGCUUCCCCGGCCUGCGCGGGCCCGCGGGCCAGAAGGUGGUGCGCUUCGGGGACGAGGAUCUAACUUGGCAAGAUGAGCACUCUGCCCCUUUCUCCUGGGAAACAAGGAGUCAGAUGGAGUUCAGUAUCUCCGCCCUAUCCAUCCAGGAGCCGAGCAACGGCACCACCGCCAGCGAACCCAGACCACUGUCAAAAGCUUCCCAGGGCUCCCAGGCCCUCAAGUCCUCCCAAGGCAGCAGGUCCUCCAGCCUGGACGCCCUGGGCCCCGCCAGGAAGGAGGAGGAAGCAUCCUUCUGGAAGAUCAAUGCUGAGAGGUCCCGAGGGGAGGGGCCUGAGGCCGAGUUCCAGUCGCUGACCCCUAGCCAGAUCAAGUCCAUGGAGAAGGGGGAGAAGGUCUUGCCUCCCUGCUACCGGCAGGAACCUGCCUCGAAGGACAGGGAGGCCAAGAUGGAAAGGCCUAGCACCCUCCGUCAGGAGCAGCGUCCUCUUCCCAACGUGAGCACCGAACGUGAGAGACCCCAGCCCGUCCAGGCCUUCAGCAGCACGCUGCAUGAAGCCGCCCCCUCCCAGCUCGAGGGGAAGCUGCCGUCUCCUGACAUCAGGCAGGACGACGGGGAAGACACCCUGUUCUUGGAACCCAAGUUUGCACAGGUCAGCUCAAGUAAUGUCGUCUUGAAGACGGGAUUUGACUUUCUGGACAAUUGGUAAAAUGUAUUAGAAAAAUGCAAUGAAGAACCCUAAAAUGUUUUCCAAAGUGGUGUGGUGGAGGAGGAUAAAAAGGGCCACCUUUUCCUAUGUAUUUUCCUGGUUUCUUGACACUCUUUUCUUAAUCAUUUGGAAACUGGUCAAUAUUGCAGAUUUUUUCUUUUUUGGUAGAACCAGAUAUAUAUGCUAUUUUCAGUGAUUUGAUAACAGAAGUUUUACAUUUGGAAUUUUUAAGGUCUGUUAAUAAUUCAGGAGAUCUUGUAAGUAAAACUUCUGUUCCCAGCUCCACCCAAUUUUCUCCUCCUCAAAGGAUGUAUUCCACCAAGUCACAAAAAUUGUAAAAGUGAUUUCCAUCUCCUUCUCCAUUAUUUCCCCUCCCCCCUCCCCUUUUUAACAUAUGGGUUCCUUUUGAGGGGUGAUUGAGGGUCAUGUUAUCAGCCAUGACAUCAGCGUGCUGGCCGUGACCCCGGAAAGAUUGGCCCCCAGAGACCUUCUUAGCCAGCACUCGCAGCUGUCCGGGACUUCUCUGGCGGAAGCCACGUCUCUCACAUCAUGUGCCACCCUCCACUUUCACGCCAUUUCCAGGGAACAGACUGCGGGUAUGUGGCAGCGUAGUCUUUAAGCUGCCCUGAUACGUAUUCAGAGUACGGAUCAUUGUUUUUAAAAAAGAGUUGCAUGUUUAAAGAGUUUUGUAUUAACUUUUCAUUAUUUUGUAUCUAGAUUAUCAGCAGUGGGGCUACCACUUUCUUUGGUUUUGUAUCCAUUUCCUCUUGGAAGUUCUUGUUGCUUAUGUGACCUGUUGGUUGUUCCCUGGACUGGGCACCUGCAGGAGUCAGGGCAGAUGGCAGGCGUGGCUGGAGGACAGGGCUCUUCUGCUUAGUUGUGUUAAAGUCUUCCAGCGUGGGACUGGUAGGAGCAGUGGGCAUUCUUUUUCCUAAGGGCUAGCCAGGCUGCAUCAUGACGGACCUUCCCCAGCCCUGACCACCACCAGAAGCAGAAGAGUGGAGUUUGUGAUCACCUCAGCAGCACCCGUGGAGGCCUGCAUGGUGUCAUAGCAGCAGUAUCUCUUGGAGCUGGUGCAGACGCCAAGGCUGCCCAGUGGUACAAGGUGGCCCACCUCCCCUAGGGAAGCUGCUGCACUCACAGGCUGCCCUGCCCAGUGGCCCUGGAGCUAUGUGAGCCUGCAGGGGGCAUCCAAGCAGAGCCUCAAGCCCGGUAUGGCGCCAUCUCCACGUUGCCAUCACUGCAUUCUCACCUGAAGCCUUAAUCUCUGCGACCCCUGCCAGUGAGCGCUUGGUUUCAAUACCAAAGUGUGUCUUUUUUUUUUUUUUUUAAUGCGUGUUUCAUAGGACCUUCUGAAAUGAUUUCCAGAAUAUUUUAUCUGGCUCCAAAAUAAAGCACAUCACAACUCACCUCAA